AAGCGUCUGUGUUCGAAUUUUAUUAAUUUUCGCGCGUUUAGCGAGAGCAUGCUCUGUUUUCAUAUUGGAUUAGUGUUUGUCUUUAUUGGAUGUAUUUGUUUGUGAGUGGUGCGGGGCGCGGCCGGAACCACGGCCGGUGGUGGGCCAGUGUGUUGUGACUUUUUGUGUCACUGUGAAAGUGAAGUGCAUCUAUCACAAAGGAUUACAGUGAUUAAUAUUGUUGGAACACACGUGAGAAUAAUUCUAUAGGUGGUUUUGCAGUAAGCGGAGCAAAAACAAACAAAAUGUCGGCCACGGCGACACGACACGUCAAAUCAUCCAACCCAGCCAACAUAUUAAUGUGCAAACAAUGGUGGAAAGUAUGCUGGAUGCACGGAGAUCAGGAGAAGUACUACAGACAACUCUAUGGCAGAAGAAAAUCGAAUAACAUAAACAACACGUUCAUUAACUUCGAUGCUAUGGACACCAAAAGACCCGGCGCUCAAAUAACAGAAUUAACAGACGAUUUUUUUGAAAACCCUCAAAUCGAACCGGCACCAGACGAAAAGACACUUCAAGAUAAUAAAAAGGAGUAUUUUGGUGCCGAAUCCGAACCUAUAUACGGAUUUGAUGCUUCAUGGCAGCGAGACCAAAGACGACAACCUAUAAAUUACGAAGAUUACAUGCACGCAGCAGAUCUAGACCAAAUCUUAGGUACAGGUAUAAAUGCUGAUAGCAUUAGAAGCAUGAUUGAAAACGGUCUACCUCAGAACAAUCAACUCAUAGACUCGAAAGAAGAGAUACAUAAAAACGGUAAUCUAGUUGGGAAGACUUCGAAAACCGUUUGUAGAACUAAGAAAGGGGCGUUAGUUACGGAAGAAACUCAGAUUUCUACUGAUGGUAAGACGUCAGCUAAUAUGAAAUUCCAAAGAUCAACGGUGAAAACGGGUCCGAAUAAAGUGAAGGAGACAUUGCAGCCUUUGAAAGAAGACAAAGUAUUGGAGAAGUACCAGAGGAAGAAAUGUAUCGGCGACAAGUUGACGACGACGACGACGACCACGGUGACGGUGAUGCAGACAUCCAUCACCUGCUGCAACGAACCGGUGUGCCGAAACUGCGUGGUGUCACCGACGGGCUCAUCCCCGCCCCCGCUACACGAGCAGCCGUCGUCCCCGCCGCCCCCCGCACCGUCAUCUCCAUCCCCGCAUCUACCCAUACUCCCAUCCCUGCCAUCCCCACAGCCGUCGCACAGCGGCUCAUCAGUGCCAAGCCAGUCCAACUCCCCGCACCCUUAUUCCUACCCCAAUUUCCGAAGAAGUCAAUACCCUGAGUAUUCGCAUUCGCACAGCGUUCCGCAACUUCCAGCUUACCAGUCCCCCCAAUCUCCCCAAUCUGCCAUGUCCCUCUCUCCCCAUCCCGUUCCACAGGGGAAACUCAGGGGGCUGUUGGAGCACGCAGAGAGACUGAUGAAGCCAGGAGACCCUCACAGACACUCUCAGAGCGACGAUGACUCAGGAUGCGCGCUUGAGGAAUAUACUUGGGUGCCGCCAGGAUUGAGGCCUGAACAGGUUCACCUAUACUUCUCAGCGCUUCCAGAAGACAAGGUGCCGUACGUGAACAGCGUGGGGGAGAGAUACCGCCUCAAGCAGCUGCUGCAGCAGCUACCGCCACAGGACAAUGAGGUCCGCUACUGCCACGCGCUGUCAGACGAGGAGCGCAAGGAAUUGCGGCUGUUCAGCGCGCAGAGGAAGCGGGAGGCGCUGGGGCGAGGGCAGGCGCGCCAGCUGCCUGCGCCGGCGCCGUGCGAGCGGUGUGAAGAAUCAAUGUCAGCGGGCGACAUGUGCGUAUCAGCCGCGCGGGCGGGGCCAGCGGCGCGCUGGCACCCCGGCUGCUUCGUGUGCUGCGCGUGCGCCGAGCUGCUAGUCGACCUGGUCUACUUCUGGAAAGAUGGACGCCUGUACUGUGGGAGACACCACGCUGAGACGCUCAAGCCUAGGUGCUCGGCUUGCGAUGAGAUUAUCCUGGCAGACGAGUGCACGGAGGCGGAGGGCCGCGCGUGGCACAUGAAGCACUUCGCAUGCGCCGAAUGCGCGCGGCAACUCGGUGGCCAGCGGUACAUCAUGAGAGAAGCGCGCCCAUACUGCCUACCCUGCUUCGACAACUGCUUCGCGGAGUACUGUGACGCCUGUGGAGAACCUGUUGGCGUUGAUCAGGGCCAGAUGUCGCAUGAAGGGCAACACUGGCACGCCACGGAACGCUGCUUCGCCUGUCACACCUGCCGCGCUAGCCUCUUAGGGAGACCUUUCUUGCCACGGAAAGGAGCGAUAUUCUGCUCCAUUGCCUGUUCCAAAGGCGAACCGCCAACGCCUUCCGACUCGUCAGGCCCGGGCCCCCGUCCCCCCCGAGUGCCGCGACCGCGGCGACCGCCGUCACCCAAAUCUCCCCCCAGAACGCCCCAGAGAGAACCCUCCCCGCACCAUAUAGACGCUGAUUCUGAACCCAGCGGGUCUCUAGCGCCGGAGUCGCCGCCGCCACACCCGCCGCCGCCGCCCCACGCGUGCCUCAGUCUAGACAGAGCGCUCGCGGAUCUCAGACUAGAGCAGUCCAUGACCGAACACCAAAUUCCACCAACACCAAACUCCGAAAUGAAAGAGGAAGCGUCUGAGGAAUGGAAGCCGCCGCAUCCUGUUGAAGCUCAAGCUGUCGUCACGCCUGGACAUUCGACGUCCAUGCCUGAAUUGACGCUAGUGGACGGAAAGCCGUCUCCGAAGCGGCCACGAGGAGGCCGGACGGUUAGAUUCUGCGGCGACGAUAAUGAAGCGUUUGAGCCUGAUGACCCUCCGAGGAGAGAGAAGCAGAGGGAGGAGGACGCGAGCAGCUACUGCAGCACGUGUUCGUCGUCGUCGUCGUCGGCGGAGUCGUACACACUGCCGACGCGGCGCGCGUACGGCGGAGUGAGGAUAUCGUACGUGCCCAACGACGCUGUGGCCUGCGCCAAGCGCGAGCGGCAACGCAAGAACGCGCAGAACGACAAGAACUGCAUCAUCUCGUGAUCCUGGGACUACAUAGUGCCUCCAAAUCCCUCCUACUGACACCAACCUCCGAUUCAAGACUGACUUCUGAUAGUUUAGCCCCGUAAAGCCAUAGUAUUGUAAGACUUAUGUAUUGUCUUCCUUCUUCUAGCUGGAACCAUGUCCUAUAUGUCUUGCCAAUGUCUGGAAACUUCAAAAACUUAAGCUUAUUUCACGCCUGUGUAUAUUUCAUGACAUAGUUUCUUCAGUUUGAUCAAAGUAAGCAAAAGCCACAUUGCCAAAUGCGUGUAACUUACAAAUAAUAGUAUCCCAGGUGUGUCGCUAACGUUAUUAUGACGUGCAGACGCCUCUUAUCUUUGUAACGUUUAUCCCUUCAAUGGGGUUUUUGACAAAUUUAUAUCCCAAAUUCGUGCUUAAUAACCACUAAAUGUGACUUUAUCCAUGCGACACCUUGGGGUGAUCGAUUUAAAAGGGUUGUGAAUUCGGCUUUGACAUAUUGCUAUUAUAAUAGAAUGUUAACGACCUACGUGUAAUAGGAGCUAUGAAAUCUAAUAAAUCAUCUGCCUGAUUGUAUCGUGUUAAGAACUUUUUAGAGAAAGUGAGAAGUGUAUGAUUGAUGUGUCAUAAAAAGAUGGUAUAAGUACCUAUUCCUAAUGAAAGUAUGUAAUGAAAGUCAUUUCAUCAAAGUUUCAAAAACAUUUAAGUGACUGCUGAUGAAUAAACUGCGACUAAAAAGUCAGCUUUAAUAUAUUAUUUCGGUUUUUUUUAUUCAUAUAUAAACUUGUAACAUAAUAUAUAGAAUGCUUUUGUAAAACGUAUGUAUAUGACCAUAUCGCAUUCAUGAAAUGAUAAUUUUAAGACAUAUCCCACUUUGCCACUAAUAAUUAAUUAGAAAUACUUAAGUAGAUUUAAAAGGAAAUGUAAAUUAACGAUAUAAGUACAAAAAAAUUGUAUUAUUUUGUAUUACAUUUUGUAUUCCGAAAAAAAGUGUUCAAAGUUUGUAAAUAAUGUUAUAAUAAUGACAAUUAUUAUUAGGUACGUAGAUUUAGGAUUGCCUUACGUAUUUAAAAGCCUGUGUAUUUUAUAAUAAUUAUUAAUAAUAAUAAGUAGAAUUAAAAUAAAAUGUAAUAACAUGUUUUUUUGUUCGUAAAAAUCUAAUUUUAUUAUUUUCGUUAGAAAUAUAAAUUGUACAAAUUAGUUUAGAAAAACAUAAUUUCAUAAGUUUUACGGUACAAUUUUCAAUAGUUUCGAUUACCAUACAAUAUUUAUAUUUUCUUGUUAAAAUUUAUUCUGUAUGACGUCAUUAAUUAAUCAUGAAAUCGAAUUCAAAACACACUUAGAGAGGUGGCCUUAAUAAUCACAGGAAUUUAGCCCCAGUCAACAUGUGUAAGCCUAAAAUAGUAAUAAUAAUUUUGUACAACACUGGCAACGAUUUGUUCAAAUGAAUGAAACCACUUUUGUAAGUUAUUUGUACUAAGAAAUGAAAUAAAAUGUUUUGGAAAUAA